ACUCUAACAGGUGCAUCCUGUGAAGCGGAGGCGAACAAUAGGACGAAAUGUUGGAGUCUGUUCAAAAAGGUGUUGGAAACCUUUCUCGUGGUGGUUGUGUGCCUACUGCUGCCAUACUGUGCAGUUAAAAUCACCAUUAAUUCUACGGAGGUGACUAAUCUUGCUGUGGAGAUGGGAAAACUUUCCGAAGAAGUCGCAAAACUAUCAAAGGAGACGGGAAUCUGGUUCAAGAUGGCUAAAAAGCAAGAAAAGGGAGCCAUGGGGCCGGCCGGUCCUGGGGCUGUCGGGCCCGUUGGGAAUGGCACCAUGGGACCGAAAGGUCCAGCGUGGCCGCCUUGUCUACCAGCUGCAGGAAGCUCCGUCUGCCGUGCCGGAUCAUCCGAACAUCCUCAAACAUUUAUCAAGGGCGAGGCGAAUCCGGUAAGCUGUCCCAAAGGUCAUGCUAAAUGGCGUGGGAUGUGUUUCAAGCCACCGAAACCUUUCGAUUUUAAGCUGCAAAAGAAUUUCAGCGAAGCGACCACGACUUGCCGUCAAGACGGCGGUACCCUCGCCAUGCCCCGGGACGCCGAGACCAACGCCUUCCUGUCCACCUUACACCAUGCCCUUAUGCCUGGCUGGAUCGGUCUGCACGAUCGGAACACAGAAGGAAACUUUGAGUGGAUUGACGGCACUGAACUUGGCACGUACAGCUGCUGGGCUCCAGUACAGCCAGAUAACGCUGAUGGGCAAGAAGAUUGCGUCUUCUCCGACUCAAGAGGACUUUGGUUUGACUCACCAUGCUCCAGCAAAAAAGCGUUCGCCUGCCAGUAUCUAGGACGUACACGUGGCUAG